AUGGAUUUCGAACAAAACGAAGAUAUUAACGGUGUUCGUUUCUCAUGGAACGUGUUUCCAGCGUCAAGAACUGACGCUAAUAAGAAUGUGGUUCCAGUUGGAUGUUUAUACACUCCUUUGAAGGAACGUGAAGAUCUUGCUGUUGCUGGCUAUAAUCCUGUGGUAUGUGGUAACAUCAACUGUAAAUCUGUGUUAAAUCCUUACUGUGAGAUCGAUGUUAGAUCCAAUACCUGGACUUGUCCUAUUUGUAAGACAAGAAACAUUCUUCCUCAACAUUAUGCCAAUAUGACGCAGGAAACUUUACCACUGGAAUUGACUAAUACUACAGUUGAAUAUAUCACCAGUGUUCCUGUCCAAGUUCCACCAAUUUUCUUCUUUAUUGUGGAUACUACUGCAGAAGAGGAAAACCUCCAAGCUUUGAAGGAAUCAAUUAUCACUUCAUUGUCCUUGCUUCCUGCAAAUGCAUUAGUUGGUCUAAUCACUUACGAUAAUGUGAUUCAACUGCACGACUUAUCAUCAGCUUCUAUUGAUAAAUGUAAUGUGUUCAGAGGUGAUCGUGAAUACCAAUUGGCUCAAUUAGUUGAAAUGCUAACCGGUGAAAAAUUAAAUGCUGCACAAGCCGUUAAUAUCAAUGCUCCAACCAAGGUUACACCUUUCUCUUUGAACAGGUUCUUCUUACCAUUGGAACAAGUUGAAUUCAAGUUGACCCAAUUGUUGGAAAACCUGAAGCCUGAUCAAUGGGAUGUGAAAUCUGGUUUCAGACCUUUAAGAGCGACUGGUUCUGCUUUGAACAUUGCAUCGUUGGUGUUGGAAGGUUGUUACAAGAACGUUGCUGCUAGAAUAAUCUUGUUCUCCUCCGGUCCUGGCACCGUGGGCCCAGGUCUUGUCGUUUCCCCGGAAUUAAAAGACCCAUUGAGAUCUCAUCACGAUAUUGAUUCUGAUUCUGCAAAACAUUACAAGAAGGCCUGUAAAUUCUACAACCAAUUGGCUCAAAAAGUCGCUGACAAUGGUCAUACAGUCGAUAUUUUUGCUGGUUGUUAUGAUCAAGUUGGUAUGUCCGAAAUGAAGAGACUAACAGAUUCCACUGGUGGUGUCUUGUUAUUGACUGAUGCGUUCUCCACCGCUAUUUUUAAACAGUCAUAUCUAAGAUUCUUUUCUAAGGAUGAAGAAGGUUAUUUGCAAAUGGCAUUCAAGGGUACCUUGUCUGUUAAGACAAGUAGCGAUCUAAAAUUACAAGGUUUAAUUGGCCACGCCUCUGCUGUGAAGACUAAGACCGAGGCCUCCAAUGUCAGUGAUUCUGAGAUAGGUAUUGGUGGUACUUCUUCUUGGAAGAUGUCAUCUUUAUCGCCACGCCACACUUACGCUGUGUUCUUUGAAAUUGUCAACCCGGGUGCAUCUGCUGAAGUAAUGACAGAUAGGCCUAAGUUAGCUUACACCCAAUUCAUUACAUCGUAUGAACAUUCCUCCGGUACAAACCGUGUCAGGGUCACCACUGUUGCUAACCAAAUGUUGUCCUUUGGAAAUCCAGCCAUUGCAUCCUCCUUUGAUCAGGAGGCUGCUGCCGUUCUAAUGGCAAGAAUUGCUGUUGACAAGGCAGAAUCUGAUGAUGGCGCUGAUGUCAUUAGAUGGAUUGACAGAACUUUGAUUAAAUUGUGUCAAAAAUACGCUGACUACAAUAAGAAUGAUCCAUCAUCAUUCAGAUUAUCUCCUCAAUUUUCAUUGUAUCCACAAUUCACAUAUUAUUUGAGAAGAUCUCAGUUUUUGUCUGUUUUCAAUAACUCUCCGGAUGAAACUGCAUUUUACAGACACAUUUUCACUAGAGAAGAUACCACUAACUCACUGAUUAUGAUUCAGCCUACUCUAACCUCAUUCUCCAUGGAAGAAGAACCUCAACCAGUGUUGUUAGAUUCUGUUUCAGUGAAACCAAACACAAUUUUGUUGUUGGAUACCUUCUUUUAUAUUUUGAUUUAUCACGGUGAACAGAUUGCUCAAUGGAGAAAAGCAGGUUACCAAGAUGAUCCGCAGUAUGCAGACUUCAAGUCCUUAUUAGAAGAACCAAAGCUUGAAGCAGCAGAAUUAUUGAUUGACAGAUUCCCUCUACCAAGAUUCAUUGAUACUGAGGCUGGCGGUUCGCAAGCCAGAUUCUUGUUAUCCAAGUUGAACCCAUCUGACAGUUAUCAAAGUGGUGCUGUCGCUGGUUCAACUAUCGUGUUGACUGAUGAUGUUUCUUUACAAAAUUUCAUGUCCCACUUGCAACAAGUAACUGUUAAUGGUCAAACAUAA